GGUAGGUCAAUGUGUCCUUCCACACGUGUUUGUCUGUAACGUCUGGAAGCAGCAGUAAGUGGGAGACUCGCACUUUGCUGUGUGUCGGGAAACUAAUUUAUUCUGUUACGGUAAUCUUAAUUAUUUCAUACAGUCAUGCUAAAGUCAGUAGUUCGUGCGGUGGGGACCGCUGUCCGCUUCUCUUCGGCCACCACCUCCACAGCCCGAGCUCUGCCGCUCGGCUGCCCGACGCUGCGCUCUCCUAGCCCGGCAAUAACUCGGCCCUUCACCCGGUCCCUGUGGAUGCUGAACAACAACUCGUCAGGAUACAGACCCAAACUGUUCACCUCCAAGGUUCUGUGCCCGUCGGUGUCGUGUGGAUGUGGAGGACUGCACACAGAAGGUGACAAAGCGUUUGGAGACUUUCUGUCUGAUGAAAUCAAAGAAGAGAAGAAAAUCCAGAAAGGCAAAACUCUUCCCAAGAUGUCUGGGGGAUGGGAGCUGGAGAUGAACGGCACAGAAGCUAAGCUCUCAAGAAAUGUUUCUGGAGAAAAAAUCACGAUCACAUUCAACAUCAACAACAGCAUUCCUCCUAACUUUGAGGAGGAACCAGAGCAGGGACAGCAGAAAUCAGCAGAAGAAGAGCCAGAAAUUGUUUCGACGCCCAACUUUGUUGUUGAAGUAACAAAACAGGCCGCCAAACAUUCCCUGGUGUUCGACUGCCACUUCCCUGAAGACGAGAUGAGUCACGGAGAAGGCGAAGAGGAGAGCGAUAUCUUUGCCAUUCGGGAGGUCAGCUUCCAGCCAGAGGGAGACUCAGAGUGGAAGGAGACCAGCUACACACUCAACACAGACUCUCUGGACUGGGCGCUGUACGACCACCUGAUGGACUUCCUGGCCGACCGCGGGGUCGACAACACCUUCGCAGAUGAGCUGAUCGAGCUGAGCACCGCCGUGGAGCAUCAAGAAUACAUCAAGUUCCUGGAAGACCUCCAAGGCUUUGUCAAAUGUAAUUAAUUUAGACACCAGCUUCAUUUCUACCAUUCUUCAACAGGCACCCAUGCAAAGUUGAAGGUACGGCGAUACAGUAACUGACGAAAGCACUGAGUGAUUUAUCCAUGUACGUUCGGCGCCACAAAGGGACCGAAGACUCGCUUCAGUUGUCACAUUAAUACUUGGCUGCAAAUGUGUUCUCUUUGUCAAGAUGUGACUUUAUUUUUCUGUAAGUUAAGCGAGAUAGUUUAAAUUAUAUUAUACAUACACACAAAAGCCGCAAAUAAUGAAGAUCAUAACGAUGUGCAGAAAUCACGAUGAUCAGAAACGUCCCUCUGUUUUAGAGCUCCGGUCUCGGCUCCAGUGGUUAUUUAUUAAUGUUCCAACUGUUCUCGAGCCAAAAUUUAUCAAGAUGUGAAAUCAAAACAAAAAUCCCAGUCAAAAGCAGUCCUCACUUGAGGCUGAUUUCGCAUCUUAACAGAACUGUUCUGAGUCUUACUUGUGGCGGCUCGGCAGGAGAGUUCAUGCUGACUGAUGCUGAUGUCAGACGGUGAUACAUGAAGUGUGAAUUUGAACGGCACAGCGAGGUCAGAGGAUGGAAGGUCAAUGUCUAAUAAAACAGUUUGAUAUCAGAAGA